CUCACUUGAUCUGCAUCAUCUCCUUCCCCUCCCCCUCUCUCUCUCUCUCUCUUUUCUUUUCUUUUCCCUCUUGAUGAUUUGGCUGCUAAUAAAGGGUAAAGUGAUGCUGUUCUUUGAAGAUGAAAGACGAUCGCUUCUUUUCUUUUCCUCCUCUCUCAGCUCAUAUAAUAGCUAAGUGCAAGGAGAUUGUGGUGAAACCAAUAGAAGAAAUAGUCACAAGCACAUGCACAGCAACAACGACCCCAAAGCCAUCGUCAUCUUCGGCUUUGGAGAGGAAGCCAAGGCCACAGAAGGAACAAGCCCUGAACUGCCCAAGAUGCAACUCCACCAACACCAAGUUCUGCUACUACAACAACUACAGCCUCACCCAGCCCAGGUACUUCUGCAAGACCUGCAGGAGGUACUGGACUGACGGUGGGUCCCUCAGGAACAUCCCUGUGGGUGGUGGCUCAAGGAAGAACAAGAGAUCAUCAUCUUCAGCAUCAUCUGCUUCCUCGUCUUUCAAUUCUUCAUCCAAGAAGCUGCCUGAUCUGAUCAGCACACCUGCAACAAACCCUAACAACAAAGUGCCACUCCACGAAGGCCAAGAUCUGAACCUGGCCUUCCCAAACCCUCACCAUCAUGAUUUCAAGUCCAUCUCUGAACUAGUCCAAGUGCCAAGCCUUGAAGCCAGCAAGAACCACCAAAUCUCUGCCAACUCUAGCUCUGCUGGUGCUCCGGCGGCAACACAGCAGCUCUCGGCUCUGGAGCUGCUCUCAGGGAUUACAUCAAGAGGUAGUUUCAGUUCGUUCAUGUCUAUGCCGGUCCCCGAUCCAGGCUCCGUCUAUGCGCCUGGGCUAUUCGCACUGCCGGACUUCAAGCCAACCCUCAAUUUCACUCUAGAUGGCCUUGGGAGCGGGGCUUAUAGGAGCCUCCCGAGCGUGCAAGAGGGUGGCGCUAAUGGAGGGAGGCUCUUGUUUCCCUUUGAAGAUUUGAAGCCAGUCUCAAGCACAAGUGAUAUUGAGCAGAAUAGAGGAGAGCAAGGAGACUCCAAUGGGUACUGGAGUGGGAUGUUGGGUGGAGGAUCGUGGUAAAGAAUUAGUUUCAGAUUAAAGAAACAGUUAAAAAAAAAAAAAGGAAAAAUAAUGGGUUUCUAGUUGUUCUUCUUGGGUGUUAAUUUACUUAAUAUCAUCAGUUUCUCUCUGCUGGCGGUGGUGGUGGUGGUGGUGGGUGCAUUUUAUGAUGACUUGUUGAUUUUUCUUGGAAACUAACAGAUCAUAGGUUUAUCAAGUGGGUUCCUUUCUCUCUCUAUCUCUAUUCAUUAUUAGCCCUCUUCAUCAUCUUCUUGGCCUGAUGAAGAUUGUUGGAGGGAAUUGAAGCUUUCCUUUAGUGUGUAGGGUUCAGCUUCAAGAUCAAAAAGCUUCCCUGUGCAUGUAUGACUGAAUCGAAGGGCGAUACAGAUUCAAAAAGGUGAGUUGAUCAAAGCCCAUUUUUUAGGGCAUUUGAGGGAGUGAGGGCAUGAAUUUUGCCCAUCAUUUCAUCCUUCAUCUUCCACACCCCACUAGAGAGAGAGAGAGAGAGAGAGUGAGUGAGAGUAAAAAGUAACCCGAGUUUUAUGUAUGUUUGAUGUUUGGCUUUGGGUUAAAUUUAGACAUGUUUUGCUGUAAUUGCGCAAUUAGUUCAAUGAAUUAUAUAGUUCCUAAUA